AUGCGUUUGUUUGCUACCGGAAGCUUCCAAGCGUCCGUAGGAAGUGAGGAGACGAUCCGGGUGUCGCAGUCGACCAUGAGCGAGUGCGUGCGACGCGCGGCAGAGGCUGUCCUGAACGCAGGUCCCCGCAACAAGUCGGUCCAAUUUCACAAGACGUCCGAGGAAAAGGCAGCUGUGAAGGAGGGUUUCCUUCGGCACGGUGCUAUUCGCGGCGUCAUCGGAUGCGUGGAUGGCAGCCUCGUUGCCAUUAUCGCACCGAAGGGUGAGCGCAAGGCUGCAUUCAUGUGCCGCAAGGGAUACUCCGCCCUAAACUGCAUGUUCGUGACAGCGGCUACCCCUUAG